CCACAAAGACUAAAAACCCGUUGUGCACAAUAUAAUAAAUUAUCGAUUUUUUGUUCGUUUUCGGUUAGUUUCUCCUGGCCUUGCAUAUUGUUGUGUUUGAGACCUGGAAGGAGGAUCAGGGCGACAAUGAUGGUGAAUGGCAAAACUGGAUCCAGUGGUGACACAAUCAAGGGAGGAUCAGGUGGUGAGACAUCUGGUGAAGACAACAAGAAAACCUGUAACGGUGCCACAGGAACUAAGAAGAGAAAGAAAGGGAAACAACCAGUGUCACAGACUAAACCUAUUAAAAUGACUGCCACAGCCGCGGGCGUAGCGGCCGCAGCUGCAGCAACCACCACAACUAAGCUGGAGCCACUUGGCAUAACCAUCCCCAGAGCUACUGACAUUAUGAUUUCCAGAACUCCAGACAAAUCCAAGGAGCAGGAGGAGAAACUGCCAGAGAUUCCAAAUCUCGACUCCCCUCUCUUUAAAGAUGUUCCAUCCAAAACUAAAGUUGAGUCCUCUUCUGAUUCGUCCUCCUCGUCUGGGGGCAGUUCAUCCUCCGAUGACUCGUCCUCGUCAGAUGAUGAUUCAGACGAAGAAGAGGAGGAAAAGAAAGACACAAAACCAGCCAACAGUAUCCAGAAGUCUGAAAGCAUCGAGGAACCCCCUAAAGCCAGGACCCCAAUCAAACUUACAAUUUCAAAUGUUGGGAAACCUUCAGCCAAAGUCACAUCCACCGCUUCCCGUGAACUGAUAUCCAGCAACUCAUCAGAUUCAGAUACAGAUGUUGAAGACAAUGACCAAAACAAAGGAGAAGCUGUGACUCUAAAGGUAGAUUCUCACAGUAAUGAAAAAGGAUUUCAUACAAAUUCCAUUUUACAAGAGGCAAAGUGUGAGAAAUUAAAAAAUGUGAAGCAUUAUGAAGUUGAAACCAAAAACAAAGGGAAAGCCCAAAAUCAUUCGGAAUGGAAAAACUGUGAUGCAGGCAGUGUCAAAUUCAACUGCAAGGAUAGCAGUGAGUUAGUUAAUAAUGAAAGUAAUGAUAACAGUUUAGACAUGCUUGGUUUUUCUUCUGAAGACAAACCCAACACAGACAAAUCAAAAGAUCCAAUGGCAUGUGACAUCACAGAAGAAGACAUUUUUAAACAAAUUGAAGACGUAUUACGACCAAUUGAUAGUCCGUCAAAUCAAACAAGUCACGACAAGAAACCAACAGUUGAAGAGACAGAGACUCCAUACACAUAUCCCACCAUCCCUAAAGACAAGACCCAGGUGAAUCAAGUUGAAGUUAAUGCAGGCGAAAUCAACUCUGCAUCACUACGAGACAGCCAAGACACCAAGUAUUGUCCAGAUGGCUUCAUCUUGGCACCAACCCUGAGUAAAUCCCCACAGCAUCUUAAGGCUACUUUAAAAUUAUCUCCUAGCACUGACCCCUUGGCUGCCUCAGAAAGUGAAGAUCCUGAUAAGGACAUUAGCAGAGAAGCUCUUACUCCUGGAGAAAAAACAGCUGACAUUGAAAAGAAAGACCAAUCACCAGUGAAUAAUAUUUCCGAAACUGACAGCAAGGUUGAUGACAAUAAAUCUAAUUCAAAUCAGGACACCCCUGUGUAUAAAAAUGGUGAAAUUAGAGAACCUUCCAUAGAUCUGAGUGGUAAAAUGGAAAUGAAAGACCAAAACUUAAACAUCAAAAUUAGCAACUCCAAUGAUAGUAGUUUAGAACAGGCAUAUCAGUUCUCUAAAGAGGUAGAGAAGCCAAAAAGUGAAAAAAAUUUAACUGACUCUGCAUUAAGUAAGGCAGGAUCUUCCGAUACAGUCUGGCCUAGUUCCUCCAAGAUCAAAGAAUCUGCAACAGCUUCUCUUACUUCUCCGAAAAGCACAAGUUCAAAAUCUAGUUCUAGCAGUUCAAACAGUAGCAAAUCUCUGAGCUGUACUAAUGGAAUACCAGACAGUGAAAAUCCAUUCAUUACCUGGACUAAGUAUGAUGAUGACAACUUGGCACCCUUAAACACAGCACUCCCGGCAUCCACCCUCGUACAAGCGCUGGCCCGAGCUCCUUUUCCACCUCUGGCGCUCCCUGUUGAUGGCCAGGUUCCACAGAUAUCCCCCCUGGGAGGGGCCGUAGCCCAGCUGUCGCCUCUGGGGCUGGCAGGACUUUCCCCAGCGAGCUCUCAGCUGCGCAUGUCCCCAGUAGCACAGAUUCCAAGGCUGACCUCACCAGGCUCACAAAGGCUAAGGCUGUCCCCCAGCCACAGUUCCGGUGCCCAGCAGCCUAUGUCUCCUCCACUUGGCCACACCACACAUUCAUCUUCUAGUGACAGCAGCAAGUCUACCCAAGGGGAUGAUACCAAAGGUGGAAAGGUCGCACCAAAAAGUGUGAAGCGCACCUCCCGGUUGUCCAAUAUAAUUGACAGUCUGAGGACCUCUAAAGAGAAGCAAGUUGCUGGAACUGGCCAAACUAGUGACCUGACCGGUCGUGAACAGGGCAAGAAAAGCACUCUGGAUUCUCUCCUGGGAAGUGGCAAGAAGUCCCCAUCCCUCUCCUCCACCCAGGCUCUCCACGGACACAAACAGCAGUCACCCUCAUCAUCUUCACCCAUUUACUCUGGUGAUCAGCGGAUGUCAGCAGACAAACUUUUCCGGGACAGCAUUGGUUUUACCCAUCAGAUAAGCCCAGACACUCGUAUCGCCAUCAGGAGCAGUUUAGAUGCUGCCAGAGCACAGGCAGUCAACAACAGUUUUAAUGCUUUAAAGGAUGAUCUUGACAAAGGCAAAAGAAUGCUUGAAAAUUUAGAACUUAUGAAAAAUGGUGCGGUUGAUCCGUAUGGAAAAGUGGGGCCGUCAGAUCCGAAAUCCCGAAAAGUAGAAGCUAGUCACUCCCACAGUCGAGCCAAACCUAUGCCACCAUUGUCGUCAUCGUCAUCAGCUGUCACAUCAACACCUUCCUCAUCCAGACCUUCAUCUCGUCAAUCAUCCAAACAACCUAGCGGUGCAAGCUAUCCAUCACCUUUACCAUCCUCUUCCUCCUCUCGGACUGCAACCACCACCACCAGCAGCAGUAACAACAGCAGUGGUAUCAGCAGCAACAGCAUUAACAGUGUCAUGUUCCAAGCCGCACCAUCGGCCGCGCUGGCUGCUGCGCACAUGGAGCUGAACGCAGCUGCUGCCAACAUCCUUGCCUUCCAGCACAUGUAUGGCAUGCAGGAUCCGUACAUGAUGAAGACUCUGAUGAGCAAUCCCUUGUACCUCCAGAGAAUGAUGGAGUUCCAGAAACAAGCCAUGGACCCUAUAAUGCUGAGGCAGCUGGAGAUGUUUGAGGCCGCCGCGGCUGCUGAAAAGAACAAAAACAACAAGGAACAAAGGGCGGCCAUGAACGCUCAGUCCUUGCUCUGGCAGGCCCAGGCUGCUUCCAUCCUACAGCAUCAGCAGAUGCAGCAGCUGCAACAGCUCCAGCUCCACCACCAACAGCAACAGUUCCAGCAGCAAGCCGCCGCAGUCAGGGAGAGGGAGACCAGGGAAACCAUUGCUGCGAUCAUGGCAAGUAAAAGCAAUAGCUUGAGCACCAGUACCAAUAAAUCCAGUGGCAGCAUUUCUACGGGGCAGUCUGCAAAAUCCCUGAUGGCUUCAGCAUCCUCAUCAUCAUCCUCCAACAAACGACCACGACCGGCAGUACCACCCUCACCGUCAGACCUUUAUUCCAGAGAUGGUGCCAGCGCGGAGAAAAAAUCCAGACCUAGUCAGCCCUCUUCUAGUCAUCUCCCCAACCACAACUACCAUCCUUCAUCUUCCUCCUUGUCCAGUUCAACAUCAUCUUCUGCUAAACAAGGCCAGGGCUCGAGCAAACCUGCGGGUGGCAGUGCUGGUGGCAACAGCACCAAACAGCGGAGCAGUAGCAGCAGCAGCAUUAACCCUCUCAAGCACGACUUCCUCGACCUCCCUUCUGCUCUUCAGCUCUCCGCUUCAGCAUCCCCAAAUCUCUGGGGUUUCCCCAUGCUGCAACCCCCAUCUGUAGACAUGGCUCGAAUGACUCGAUUCUUUGAACGUCCGAAUGAAACACCCCCAACCUCGGCAUCAGGAAGCCACACCGAACCAGAAGCCAGUGGGGCAGAAGUACUGGAUCUUAGUGUCAAACCACGAACAGGUAAAACAUGAAACUGACUGCCAGGCAGAGUCUGGUCACCACCCAAAGUGUGAGGUACUUUGCUAAAAGAUUGGGUGUCAGCAAUAAACCAAAGGAUGAAAAUACUCAGCUUCAGAUAUCGCCCAACAUUUCCAUAAUGAGUUGUGAUGGACUCAUUGAGCUUACUGAUCCAAUUGUAUAUCACAAAAACAUGAAGAUGGACUAACUGAGCUCCUCUUGAUCUGAUUAAUGUCACUUAGAUAUGGUGUUGUAAUGUUUCAGAGAUUAUUCUUACAUAUUUGAGGAUACAUCCAGCUGCUUACAGUGACUAUCAUACUGGAUGAUAAUCUUUUUUGUUCAUGAAAAUCUUAUGCUUAAUUCACUGAAAAUAGUUGGAUUAUCUUGACAGUGGAUUAAAACUGCAUGAAUCCUUUUGUGGAUAUAUAUAUUGUACACAAUAUUCAGAUGACAAGGGUUUAUAUCCUAAGUGAACAAUUUGACAUUCUGCAAUCACCAAUCAUUUUGUACAUUUUUUUUCUUGUAGUAAACAUUUCAUAUAACUUUGUACCAAACUGCAUAACAAAUGCAACUGAUGUAUUCACAGAGAUUCUGCUUUUGUUUGUUUCUGUUUAUACUGCAUUUACCUGGUAUUUCUUCUGAUCACCUGUGUGGGGUCCACCUUGGAUCAGAUAACUUAUUAGUGACUACAUUGGAUACCAGUAUUUUUCAUCAGUUUACAUCAACUUUUUGGAAUGGGUUAUAAAUGUUUGUUUGUGGAUCUACAUCAUAUACAGUUUUUUAAUGCUGAUUAUCUUGGAUCUGUUGGCUGUAUGCCAGGUAAUCAUGAUUUUCCUUACAAGGAUCUUUUUUUUUCUAAUACCAGACAUUCAUGAUUUACCUUUAUCUUAAAGGAUCUGUUAGCUGUAUUACAAGUAUUCAUGAUUUAUCUCUUUCAUGCAAAUACGACAAAUAUCCACUUAGUUCUAGUGUUUGAAAUAUGUGAAUGGUGUUAAUAAACAAUAGAUCUAUAUCUAAAGUAAUUUCAGAGCAGUGCCCUGUAGAAAAUUUCUCACUUUGUUGUAAAGAUGUCCUCUAUAGGUACUCUAUAGCACAGGGCAUUAAUUUUUUUUUUAAUGUACAGAAAUCUUAAUUCUCUUUCAAGGUUGCAAUUCUUGAGUCCUCCAUGACAUUAAAGCACAUUUGUAUAGUCCUGAACUGUCUUACUUUUUACAUAAAAAACUAAACAGUGUCAGUCCAAGUAUUAUUUUUACAAUUUAACUUUUACUGUCGCUGUAAUCCAUAUUGUUUUUUUUUUCUUUCUGUUUUCUCUCAUCUAUUUUUGUAUUCUGUGUGAAUGUGUGGGGGGCGAAAUAGCUAAAGAUUUAUUUUACUGUAGGGAAAAAUUGUUUCCUAAAUGUAAAACUACACAUGGUCAUUCUAAACUCUACUGAUCAGGAGGGACCAGUAUCUAUGUUGAAAUAGUUUGUAGAAUUUAUUUGAUGUAGCAAAGUAGGUUUUAAAAGAAAUUUUCAGGCUUUUUUUUUUUACUUUGCAUUAUUUAAAACAAUAUGGAAAAAAAGGAUUUAGUUAUAUUAAAGGACAUUCAUUUUUAAAGCCAGUAAAAUAUAUAAAAUGUAUAGUUUGCAGUUCCCUUGUUACAUGCAGUAAAGGGGAAAUAUUUCCUAUUUUAACUAUAUUAGAUGAAGAUAGAUUGGAUAGUACUGAAAGUAAAUAAGCUCUAAAUUGUUUUGGAUAUAUUUGUUUGCUUUACGUGCAUCCAUAUCUUGAAUUAGCAAUUAUAUACUUUUUGUCCAUCCAUAUCUUAAGAUAGAAGUUUUUAUUGAUGCUUCAAAAAUAGUACAUUCCAUUUUUACUGUUAGAAAUCUUUUACCAAUGUUUUUUUGGGCAAUGAAAGCAAAGGAAUAUAUUCAUAGGUCAUGCUUUGAAUUAAAUAGUAAAUAAAAAGCAAUAGACAUUCAGGUUGAAAAAGUUAAUUACAUUGUAGCUCCUUCUCUAACUACUGUUCUCUGGGUUGUAAAUUCACAUUUAAUCUGCAUUCACUUCAGAUGGGUGAAGAGAUUCAUCCUGUUUAUUUUUUAUUAAUAAUCUGGCUCCUGUAAACAUUUUUGGUUUGUUUAGCUACUCCAUAUUUGCUUCCUAGUUUUCAGACCCAGGAUGCAAGAACCAGUGUAUUUCUCAAGGCUUUAAAUAUUUACAAAUUCUUGGCAAUUAUCCAUUCAGUACAUAGGAGCUGUGAGGAAAGUUUGCAGAAACUAGGUCAGAGUGUGCUCCCCUUGUAAUCUUGCCUGACCUGAGUUUUCCAACAAUAAAAAGAAAAAUUCAUACCUGAAAAGGUCAACACUACUGCAUAUUGCCAGCUCUUUUAAAGCUGCAUUCUUUCCCCUCAGAAAUUUGAAAAAGCAAAAUCAGAGACUACACACAUUUCUGUUGCAAGUUUUAGGUUGCUGUAAUUAUUCCUUUGUGUGAGGUUUAUAAAAAUUUAUGUAUUAAUUCCACUAAAUAAUAUAGGUCCAUAAUAUGCUAGGGUAUAAAAUAUUAGCAUUAAAUUCAUAAAUUAUUCAAUUUAUGUAAAAGUAUUUUCAAUUUUUGAAAUAUAAAUUUUUCUAAGGAAAAGUUAGCCAGCAAAUUAGUUAUCUUUCAAUAUAGGGCUCUACAUUUGACUUAACCAGACAUGUAUAUGGACAAUAUAUAAACACUAAAAGUGUAGAUACAGUUUUUUGUGUUAAUUCCUGUUACCUGUAUGGAUACAUUUUUAUCAAAAGCAAAUGUACAGAAAAAUUAAGCUAAGCUUGGUUUGAACUUGUUUACAUGCAUUUCAUUUGUAGUCAUGUUUUUUGUGCUAUUUUGUGGUCUGAUGACAGUUAUAAUGGAUCUAAAAACCACACAAUUGUUAACUCAUUUGUUGUUUCAAAGUGAAGAAUAUUUGUGAAUGCCCAAGCUUUGCUGUGCAUGUCCUUGUUUUUUGUUUUUUUUUAAUUAAACAAAAGUAACAGUAAAAGUAACUGCAAUAAAAUGACAUUGAAGUCUUGACAUGUUUAAUUACUCAGACAUGUGGGUUUAAUGUUUGUAUAGUAAUAUGCACUGUUUGGUAAUCAUCUCUUCUAGUUCAUUUAGUGACAAUGUUUUAGAUCUAUUUUGGUUACAGUUUAUAGACUAUCUCAUUUGAAAAAAAUAGUUUUAGUAUAACUGUGAUAGAAAUUAUCAUGCAUAUUAUUUUUACUUUUUCUGUCUGCAAAAUUAUGGAUCAAGUUGUUUUUUUUUUUAAAGAAAAUCUCCCUGUUUGAAAGCCAAUUUGUCAAUUUUUUUUUCAAAUCUGGCCUGAGUUGAAUAGCAAUAACUCAUUUUGUCAAUCCUUUUUAUUUUUUUUUGUACAAAAACUGAAUGCUACUCCUUGUACAAAAUUUUAUUGUGCACAAUAAUUCAAAGAAAUUAAUUUCUUAGGGUAAAGUGGCUAAUAUUUGUAGUAACUUUCAGUGCUUUUAUACUUAAUUACCAAGAUACACAUUUCAUUCAUUUUUUUUAAAUGUUACAAGCAAAAUCUUUGAACCAGUUAUGUGCAGUUGGUGCGCAGAUAACUACAAUUAUUAUGCAUUUGUCAAUGUUAUUUAAUCCAAUGUCACCUAGUUUUUAUCAUGCUCUCUAAAGAUAGUUCGGAGGAAAACAUUUCUCUAGGCUGUUUAAAUACUGUUAGCAUUUUUAUUUGUAAUGACGAUCCCUUGUCAGUGUACAUUUGUGUCAGUUGUCUAUUGAGAUGUCUUUACUUUUCUUGUUCUCUCCCUUAUGUAUUCCAAUAAAAGUUUUAAGUUAAUACAAUCA